GGAAGCAGUCGGUUUGUGACAUGAUGCGCCAUUUUGAUUCAUAACACCAGUCGGAACAGGAAGCAGCGAAGAGCAGCCGAAAAGAAAUUCUGCACAAGCGUCUGAGACUGGGUUCACUUAAGACAGGCGAGCUGUCAUCUUUCAGAGAGAAUUUCUGUCAGCGCUGCUUACUGGAGGCUGAGCUCUGUGAGAAGAAGAAGAAGGAGCUAGUUAGCUAAAUGCUAAUUGAAAAGUUACUGGGACGCGAUGCGUAUAUUGUAACAUACAGCGUGUUUUGAGAGCUUGUUCUUGAUUUUAGUAACAGUGAAGUGAGGACGGGUUAGUGAUACCGCGGUUAGAUAUUGUUUACCAACACUAGUUUCCAUAUUUUGUGUUUUUUUUUUCGUUUAUGUUGUAAGAAAUCAUAAGAGUAUGUAGUAAUUAGCUUUAGCUGUUACAGUGUUUAACCUAACUCUGCAGUGCAGUGAACGGUUAGGCUGUCACCUGUAGUGAGCUAGCUAACUAACGUUAUAUAACAACUAAUAUGGCUCUUACCAGGUUCGUUCGCCUUGUAUUUGCUAACCUUACAAUUUUUGGGGUGCAUAACAAUAAUACAGUUAGCUAGGUUAGCCAUCUGGCCUGCUAACCUUUGGCUAGCAGGGCACACAUUGGAUUAAAAUGUUCUAACAGUAGACCAGACUAGAAUACCGUAGUGCCUUUUAGUCACGAACUAUGUAUGUUGUUUUUAUCUAGAUAAAGGUUAAUUAACUACCUUAUGUUACAGUGGUUUUAGCUAGGUUAGACACUUUCAUUUUUACUUUAACCCCUUAACAGGCCAGCAUUUUUGUCAAUUGUCUCCCUGACAUUACUCAUCUUAAGGAUUUCUAUUAAAGCAUUGUAUAAAAAGGUUUCAUGUUUCAUAAUAAACGCUAAUACAAAUUAUAAUUGUAGUUGUAAUAGAAAUGAUUAAAAAAAAUAGUAAAUCUGCAACUUUAAAAAUAUAAUGAAUAACAAUUAUAAAAUUGGCACUUUCCUAAACUGUAAAUCAAACGGUUAAUGUCCUCCAAACCAUUACUCUAUUUUCAAACAUGCAGAAUUUGGGUUGAUUCUUUUUGCUGAUUUGGGAUUAUUAAGGGAGCAUAAAGACAACAGGCAGCUUCUCCAAGUAACCUGUAGGAGUUUUUAAAGCCCACAAAGUUUUAAGAAUGUUAUUGUACUGCAGAAAAAAGGAUUGUGUAUCGCCUACACCUGUAGCCUGUAUAGGGGACAAGGCGUGUUAAGGGGUUAAGUUACCAUUUCUGACCUUUGCAGCAGACAGGUUUAAAAAGAAUUCUGUCUAUUGCCGCCUUUAAGAGCUGUUUCUUUCUUUGUUUUUAUUAGUUAUAAUGGGAGAGUUUAUGGAACAAGUUUCCAUAGUGAGAAUCCAUCACCCUAUUCAGUGCAUGUUUUAUCCCUUAUCAAGAUGAAGUGUUGGAAAUCUCGCCCAACCUAGCUACUCAAUUAACUACAGAUGUUCGCCUGCCUUUCUUUUCUCUAUCUGGUCAUGGCUCUACACUGAGGCAUAUCCCUAAGGAUGGUUUGUGGAUUAAUACCUCCAGAACUACUUGCACAACUCCUUGACCACGAGGACUACCAGAACCGAACAAAUGGGGUAGAGGAGCUGAAAAACAUAAUCUCAGAGCUUGACUUGAACACAGUUUCCUCUGACCUUGUGGUGGAAUUUAUCCACUUCUUGAAUACACUCCUGGAUGAUACAAACUUCAAAGUGUUGUACGGUACUUUACAGGUCAUCAGCCUCCUGGUUCAAAAGCUGGAUCACAAUGUGGACAGAUAUUAUAAGCUGAUUGUUUAUGUGGCUCUCAAAACAUUGGGGGACACACGCACUGUCCCCCGGAGUGAAUACAUGAAUGUUUUUAGGCAGCUCAUGAGGAUUGUUGGUCCACAGAAGGUUUUGGAACUUGUAAUAGGACACCUGAAGCACAAGAAUUCCCGGGUCAGAGAAGAUGUCAUCAACAUCAUCACAGCUGCUAUGCUCACACACCCUAGAAAAGACUUCAACAUCCCGGAUCUGUGUCAUGUGGUUGCUCCUUAUUUAGCAGACAACAAAAAGAGGGUCCGGCAUGCAGCUCUAGAGCUUUUUGCUGUUUUCGACUAUUGUCUUGACACAGGAAAAAAGCAGCCACUCAUGAAGGCCAUUGAUCGAGUGGAACUGACAGGAGAUAUGGAGGGACUUAUGGCUGCUGUACAGGCUCGAAGGGCCAGGCACGUCCUCCCCCGCCUGUCUGCAGAUGGCAUGGUAGAAUAUGCACUGACUAUUCCCAAGCCUGGUCAGCGGCGCAGGCCCCAGUUGUGCUCUGGGGCUGACCUAGACUGGGUCCUCAAUGGGGGUAGAGUUAAUAGUGCUCAAAGUGGCCGUACAGAACUGGACUCAAAUGAGCUGAGUGGCUAUGGUAGCCUCGGAUCUCUGACAGAUGAACUUCCGUUGCAGAGGAGAAUAGUUAGUGCUGGAAAAGGGAAGAACAAGUUACCCUGGGAGAAUUCUGGUCUCCCAGACACCAUAAACAUGCAGCCACACAGUGCAUCAGACAGAAGGUCAUAUGAUAAAUCUAGCAUUGAAGAUCUGACUACCUCAUUGAGACAAACCCAGGAAUCCUAUGUUACCAACCUUGGUUUAACAGAGCCUAUUGAGCGUCUUUCUCCAGGCUGGAGGAGAGACACAGUGAGCAAACUUCACCGAAGCUGUAGCCUCGAUUCAGACCAAGAUAUUUUCAAAGCAAGCAGCACCAGAGACACCGAAAAAGGUUUGCCCAAGCCCAACCGCUUGCUGUGUGGUAACAAUAUAGGAUGCAACUUUUCUCUCCCAUCCAAUCCACCUCUUCCUGGGUCCUUCCUCCUCCCUUCCUACCCUCUGACUACUCCACCGGGUGUCCAGCUUUCCUCAGCCCACCCUCGUAGAUGCCAUGAUGAGUCCUCACUCUCCAUGUCUAACACAUGGCCCAACAAGCAAGAAUUAAGACCUCAUCCCAGGGACCCAAUCCCAUGGAGAGACAAUACUGGUGAACUGAACUCCAGUAGAUGUUCACCACUGUCCAAUGUUCACACCUCUCCAGCGAGCAUCACAUCAGCUUCACCCUUUCCUCAGACACAGAAUGUAGCCACGUCUUCACCAACUUUCCCAGGGGCACUGCAUCAUUUGCAAGAUGACUCCUGGCAAAAUCAGUCUGGCCGUAAUUUUUACCUGGACCUGUCCCUCAUGACUCUGCAGGACCAAGAUAAGGAGUCUGUGGACCGAGAAGAGAUGAAGAACUCCUUGCGCUCCUUGCGUAACAGUGCAGCUAAGAAGAGGGCCAAAGUGAGCCUGAGUGGUUCUGAGCCCGACCCAGACAGCCCAGACUCAGCAGUUAAGCUUGAGCCGACUCUAGAUUCACCCUCCCACACCUCACCAUCUAUGAUCAGCCCCUUGAGUGAGAGCAGCCUGUCCAGCCUCUGUUCCCCUCCCACUCCCACAAUCAACAGUACCAAGAACAGUCCUGGGAACUCAAAAACACGAACUCCUAGAGUGUCAUCAGCAAAACAGAAAACUCCCUCCUGUGUUAAGGCAGUUUCUCAAGGUCAACAACAGCAGGAAAACACCCUCUGUGAUGUGAGUGUUGUUGGUCAGAGAGUCGUUUAUUGUAACGGAGCAACAGAGGAAGAGCAGUGCAGAGAAACGGUGUCCCCUCCUCAUGUUAGACCUGCAGGUCGGGAACCUGUCCGUGCUUUCAGGCUCGCAAAAGGAUCUAAUAUACACAACAGCAGGGGCUCCCCAGCUGGGAACAUGUCUGAGGGUCUGGUUGGCCAGGGUGUUUUUGGAUCUAUUGGCCUUCCCAGCAAUUCCAGUGUGGCAGAAUGGCUGGAUGACACCACAAGCAAAGCCCUCCGGAACUCACCGGAUGGAAUGUAUAGUUAUACUGAUUUCAUCGAGAGCCCUAAAGCAGAGAAGUCAGUGGAGAGAAUGAAACUGUCCAGAUUUUCAAGGGACAAGAUGCAUCAGCAAGAAGCCCGGCUCACGCAGAAUGACCAAACGGAACAUCAACCCAGGACGGAAAAAACUAGGCAGCACUUACGACACACCGUGUCUGAAAUAAACUCUAAUGAAUCAACCCCACUGAAAGAUCUGCAACUGAAUGGUAUUUAUUUACCCUCAACUAAAACUGCACUCCUCACAGAUGCCUCAAAUGCUACCAGUGUGCAGGAAUCUCAAAAUCCAGUUAAAUUUAAUUGCUCCGUUCCACAACAUCAACCCAGCCCCCCUGCAGCUCUCCCUAACAAACAAACACAGCCAGGUCGUAGAAGGGCUGUCAGUCUGAACAGAGGGCGUCCAUCUCUUUCUAACAGCUCUGAAGAAUUCACACCGGGUACCCCAAAGAAGGAUCCUCAUGAGCAGCAAGAGCCACGUCCGUUCUCAAAACCAGACUUGGCUCUCACUCAGAGUUUUAGAUUGCUCAGCUCUGAUGACUGGGAGAAGAAAAUCGAAGGCCUGACAUUUCUGCGCAGUUUAGUCAAGUAUCACUCUGAUGUGCUUAUUAGCAGACUUCAUGAUGUUUGCCUUGUUCUCAUUCAAGAGGUUCGUAAUCUGCGGUCUGGAGUGUCACGAAUGGCUGUGGUGACUUUGGGAGAGCUGUAUUCAGGUCUUCAAAAGGGAAUGGAUCAGGAGCUGGAUGCUACAGCCAAGGCCCUCCUACACAAAGCAGGAGAAUCCAGUGCCUUUAUCAGGCUGGAUGUGGACGCAGCACUGGACAGCAUGGUGCAGAACUGCACACCCACCCGAAGCAUGAGCGCCCUUCUCACCGGAGGACUUGGUCAUUUAAAUGCUGGGGUAAGAAAGUGUACUUCUCAACACCUGGCUGUUCUGGUAGAGAAGAUUGGUGCUGCCCGCUUAUUGUCUGGAACCAAAGACCUCACUGACCGAAUCUUGCCUGCUGUUUGCAAACUGGCACAGGAUUCCUCCCAAGAAACCAGAUACCAUGGUCGCAAGAUGCUGCUGUUAUUGUCAUCUCACCGCGACUUUGAUAAAAUGUUGGUAAAAUACAUUCCAGACAAAGACCUGGCAACCAUUCGGGACACGGUACUCACUCUAAAAACCAAGGGACUGGGUGAGAUGCAUCAUGAUACUCCUUCAGCUCGGGGCAGGCACUCCCUCUCUGGCGGUGGACUGGAGCAUGUUUCAUCGCUCACCCGUGACUCUCAACAUGCCCACAGUAAAGACAAAGCACAGAUCCACAGCAUCGCAGAUAAGACAGAAUACAUCAAGCAGCUUAAGGCUCUGAUGGGUUCAAAAGAUUUCCGGGAGCGCAUCAAGGGCAUCAGUCAGCUGGUCACAGACUGUGAGGACAACCCGUAUCUGGUCAUUGGAAACAUGUUUCCGGUAUUUGAUGCGUUUAAAUCACGACUGCUGGAGUCAAAUAGCAAGGUCAACCUCUAUGCUUUGGAGGCCUUACAGAAGAUAAUCAAACUGCUCAAUGACCACUUGUCCCAAGUGGUCUUCAUCCUUGUCCCUGCUAUAGUGGACAAUCACCUCAACUCGAAGAAUGAUGCCAUUUACAUUGCUGCAAUAGGUGCCAUCGAAGCACUCAUUAGUAAUCUUGACAGCACACUUCUUCUUCAACCUUUUUGCACAAAGGCUCAGUUUCUGAGUGGGAAAGCUAAAGUGGUUCUUGUUGAUAAAGUCACAGAGCUGGCGAAGGAACUGUACCCAAGAAAACCACAGCUAGUAGAGCAGAAAGUGCUGCCUCUACUUUGGCACCUGCUUGGGACUUCGGGCAACAGUGGUACUAUCCAUGGGAGGAGUGGUAGUGUGAGAGGGGCCACCAACAACCUGUGUCAAGCCCUUCACCUACACAUGGGUCCAGCUUUGCUUGAUUGUGCUUCCUCUCAACCUUCCAAUAUCCACCAGAGUCUGAAUGACAUUCUUAAGAACUUUUCAACCUCUUGAGAUCACCUUCACAACUACACUCAACAAACUUUGUUACACUUUAACCAACCAUUUAUUCUACUUGAAGACAGAUGUCCUUGCCUUUCCUUCAGUGCCUGUACUGUUUAUCAGUUAAAUAAACCCUGGAAUUUAGCAUUCAAA